GAAAGGUCGCAAAGUUCUUGUUGACCAGCAUUCAAAUGUUGCCAUAAUAUUCAUAACAUUAGUCUCGUUAUAAUCAUCGGGAGAAGAUGAACAGGGUAGCACUUUUACUUUCGUUUGCAGUGUUCAGCUGCUCGGUGCUCGCAUCCCCCGAGGGAUCGGAUUACAGGAAGUAUCUGCGAACCCGCCCCACACAGCAUCCAAGCGAAGUUCAUGUCGAGGAGGUACUGGAGGUGUUCAAGACCAAGAACCGACCACCUGCGUAUGGUGUCUACAACAUAAAUGUUAACUGGUUUCUGGCCAAUGAGAGGUUAAUGAGGGAUAAAAGCAUGAAAACGACGACUUCAACCACUGCCAGGCCAAGUACAUGGCAAACGAUCGCAGCUGUUGAUGCGCGGAGUACUUAUCCCACCCCAACCAGAGACAACGUGAACCCGGACUAUACCAAUCCAUUCAGCCCGAGCGUCUCGGUGACAAAGUAUCCAGCCUCUGUGACGACGCCGACGAUUAUAAUCCAGGAAGGUACGCAAAAGGCUCGAAGGAUGCAAUGGCAGACUAGUGAAGCUGUUACGGAUAUGCCAGAGUCGACGACGGAAGAGGACGAUGCCUAUCAGUACUCAAAUGAGGAUUAUUUCGAGGAGUAGAGAGUGCUGGUGACGCUUCUGUUCAGUGUGCGAUUGUAGGAGAGUAUGUGUCGUAUUUCUUGAUUAAACUUUAAUUUCAUGGAGAACACAUAAGCAAACUUCUCACAUACGAUGCAAAAGUGAACAAUAUCGAACGAACUCAAUGGAGAAUUUUGGAAAAAUUCAAGGUAUAGCACUUAAGUUGUAUACGUGAGUGAAAGUGAAAGUAUACAUAAAGUAGGGAAUAAGUAAUACAUAUGUUCUAGUGAGACUUAGAUUACCGAAUUAUUGGAACAUAAUAAAUAACAAAAUAAACGAUUCCAUAAAGAUUUGAUA